AUAAACCAGUGACGUCAUACUAAACUUCACAAGACGGAAAAAUGUCACUACCAUCACAACCUCAAGCUUAUGGAGCUGGCAUGGCAGGAGGGUCAUUUGACCCUGUCUCCUUCAUUAAGAGACCACAGGUCAUUCUCAGGAUAGUAAGCUGGGUAUUUUCAAUAAUUGUGUUUGGAUGUAUAUCUGCUGGCGGGUACUACCGUGAUCACUGCCAGAUGCGGGACAGCGGAGCCUGCGGUUAUGGUAUUGGUAUCGGGGUGACGGCGUUCCUCUUAUGUAUAGGCUUUCUCAUCAUAGAUGUUCUCUUUGAUAACAUGAGUAGUGUUCAACACAGAAAGUAUGCUGUUCUUGCAGAUCUUGUUGUUUCUGCUCUGUGGACGUUCCUUUGGUUUGUUGGUUUCUGUUUCCUGACAGACCAGUGGCGGCGUAGAGACGAUAUGAAGCAGUAUGUGGCACCCCAUGGUCACGGCAAGGACAACAUACAAGCUUCCAUAGCAUUCUCUUUCUUCUCCAUCUUUACAUGGGCUGCAUUAGCUUUCUUUGCAUUCAGAAGAUACCGCGAAGGAACAUCAGAAACUUUCACUACUGGUUACCAGGACAACCAACAGCAGAACCAAUCAUCUCCAUACUCGUCAUUCCCGGGAAGCGACGCUAGCGACCCCUACCAACAGCCCCCUUUCUCCAAUCAGAAAAGCGGGGACAUUCCUGACUACCAACCGCCAACUUACUAGUCGCAUUGCUUUGCUUAAAUACAAAAUAUUCUCUUGUUCAUCGUAUAAUUAUUUUAGUUUAUUGAAGAGAUUAAGUUUGUUGUUUUUUAUACUAGGGGAGAUAAUCCUUUGUUUUGUGAAAGGUAUGAACUAAGUUGUUUGUAAUAGAAACAGUGCAGGGUUAGUAUUGCAAUUUGAGAUGUAGGGGAUAACAUAUCAUAUGUCGUCGAGGCAAAGCUGAGCCUUUAGGACAAGUUUGGGAUGGAACAGGUAGUGGAAAUCCUUCUAAAUAAAUUAUUCCAAGCUAGAGAAAUAGAGAGAAGCAGUUUAAUACUAGUUUGUUACGCUGGGAAUUAAUGUCAAGAAAACUGGUGUUUUUAUUAACGUUAUUUAUAGUUUAACUAGUCAAAACAUCCAAUCAGCGGCCAGGGAUUUUCAGAUUUUUGACUAAAUUAUUUUGGUUUAUUUUGCCAACAUAUGCAGUACCUAUUAAGUAAAUCCAUUAAGUGGAUCAUUUAGUGGUUGGUUACAGAGAUUGCUAAUGGUUACUUACAGUUUGGCCUGUUAAAUUAUAAAUAGGUUAGUUAUAAAUUUGACCUUCUUAUGAAUUAGGUUAUUGCUUUCACUUUACUGUGCUCUGCUACUACUAAAAUAUGAUCUAAAACCUAUACUUAGAAUAGGUAAUAGAAGUUGUAUAAAGAAAGAAGGUUGCAUUUUGUCAGUGUAUUUAAAAACCCAUUUUUUAUACUUUAUCAAUGUAAAGGCUUGUAUGAAAUGUACAAAUUUUGUUGAAUUACUACCAGUUUAGAACUGGUAAGACAUUUUGAUAAAUAAUAGUGGUAGCUUCUAACACAGAAUUAUUUUAUUUGCUUUAUGCAGUAAUUGCUUGAAUUUGAGAUAACAGAUUUCAACGCAAUUAAGAUUUUAUAUAAAAAUGUAAAAAGUAAAAUUGUGUUUAUUUGAAAUGAUUGUGAUAGGCUAGUUAACAACACAAUAACUUAUUUGAGUCGCGCCAUGGGAAAAUCAACAUAGUGGGUUUGCGACCAGCAUGGAUCCAGACCAGCCUGCGCAUCCGCGCAGUCUGGUCAGGAUCCAUGCUGUUCGCUAAAGGUUUCUCUAAUUGCAAUAGGCUUUAAAAGCAAACAGCAUGGAUCCUGACCAGACUGCGCUGAUGCUGGUCGCAAACCCACUAUGUUGGUUUUCUCAUGGCAACUCAUUUUACCAUGAUGUUCUUGAAUAUGUUAUGGAUUUCUUUUAGGGAUAUUUUGUCCUUCAAAUGAAUGAUAUAUAAACUGAAAGAUUUGCCUGUAAUUUGCAGAAACAUAAAUUCAAUGCUGUACUGGUCUAGUCUGAACUGUUUGUGCGUAGAACGCAAAUGCCUGUAAGAGGUGGUGUUGGUGGAGUAGCCCCAGUUGAAAAUCUGUAACCUCAUAUGUUAUCAUUGUAACUUGACAUGUGAAUAUUGUGUGUCAUUUGCUAAAGGCUUAGACAUAUUUGAAAUAUUUCUGUGCCUGGUAAACCAUAGGUUCGUCCAGUAUUGCAGUUUUAUUGGUUUUAUGUAGAAAAUAUUGAAAUUGUUAGAUGUUUCAGGAAAAGUAUGUCAUAGACCAUAUUGAAAAAAAAAUGUAUAAUUUUAUGCUGUAACAUUCUUGCUACAAGUUAAUAGCUACCCUUGAUAGGAAUUUGUUUAUUAAUUGAAAAUUAAUAACAUUAUACUCAUAUUGCUUCUACAGUGCUUAACUGCUUCAUGGUAUCUUACAUUUUUGUGCUUUUGCAAAACAGUUUGAGAGUUGUGCUUUUUCUUUUUUGCUCAUUCUUUUUUUUAUUUCUUGUCAUCUUUUUUUUAUCGAAUUGUUUUUGUUUUCCUUUUAAGAUUUUUGUGAAAGGAUUUAUCAUGCCCACUUAACAACUUAAAGUUGCAAAGUCUGUAUAUGUUUAGAGAUAGGUUUUAUUUCAAUGCUGCUGGAAUAAUUUAGUGGUUUCUUAUCUGCUUGCCUCCAUUUUGUUUUUCGUAUACAGUUCUGUUUAGAGAUCUGAGCAAAUCCUGUUAUUUGUUUUUAUUUUAAUGAGCCUGAUAAUUUUAUACCAUGCCAAAAUAAGAGUGUUUAUUGUAUAGAAAAUUAGUCUUUUUGAAGGUUGUAAAACAGCUUUUUCUUUCACUUAUUGUUCUUAUGUUAACAAGUUGAGAAUUCUGUCCGGUCAUAUUUUUGAAAUACUGACUUCUAGAUAAAUAAUUUUUAAGUUUACAUAGAUUACUUUCUUCAUAGAUAUCAGAUUUACUGAAUUUUAAGGAGACUCUGUGAAUGAAAGAUUAACGUUGAUGACUUCAGAUCCUUUGCACCUCACCUGUGUGGGUAUACAUCAUUGCAAGACAUACAGGAUGUAAAGAAGCCAUUCAGCUAAUUUGAGCCGUGCCAUGGGAAAACCAACAUAGUGGCUUUGCGACCAGCAUUGAUCCAGACCAGCCUGCGCAUCCGCGCAGUCUGGUCAGGAUCCAUGCUGUUCGCUUUUAAAGCCUAUUGGAAUUGGAGAAACUGUUAGCGAACAGCAUGGAUCCUGACCAGACUGCGCGAAUGCGCAGGCUGGUCUGGAUCCAUGCUGGUCGCAAAGCCACUAUGUUGAUUUUCCCAUGGCACGGCUCAUUUAUAAAAUGUCAGUGGUUUAACUUUUGCCGUUUCCAGGCUUUGGUCUUCCUGUACCGAAAAAAACCCCUAGAAUGUCGUUAUAUGUCCUUAUCGCAUAGUGCGGCAAUUUUCCUUUGAUCUUUGCAUCAUGUUAUACAUAGUAACACACAUUAUUACUACAAAACUGUGCUGAUAUCUUACAAAACUGUUGCGAUAUAUAUCAACAGGGAAAUCUCUAUGGAGUUUCAUAAGAAAAAAGGUGUUCCGAUAUAUAUCAGCACAGUAAAACUGUUCCGAUACAUAUCGGAACACUUUUUCUCUAUUGAGGUCCUAUCAAGGGAGUAUAAUUUUUUCCUUUCAAUGAAAAGAUGAUUUUAGCUCCAAUUUACAGUUCACAGAGAAAGAAUUGUCACAAACACCUACAUUUAUAAAGUAAAAGAAUAAAUAAACUAGAAUAUUUCAAAAACUUGAUAGUUAUUGCCAAAUUUAGAAAUAUAUGAAAUUCUGAGAUUUCUCAAAUGUUUCUUUUUCUUUGAUUUUUUUUACAAACAAAACAACAAGUUUUACAAUAUGUCUGGCCAAUGAAAUGCAAAGAUUUAAAACCAAUGCAGAAAUUUGUUGGGUACUUUUAUCUGGGGAAAACAUUUUCUAAAACAGAAGUUUUAGUGUUUCAGUCAGCGAGGCGCAGAAAGGGAAUCAAAAUAGUAAAAAUAAUAAUAAACAAAUUUAAAUGAAAAUAAUAUAUAAAUUUUAAUGAUAAACUAUGCGAUAAAACAGUUAUAAUAUGUAAUGCUCGUGUGUUACCAGGAUAUAUCAGAGCUAGGGCUACAUCUCGUUAUUUUUCUCUUCACAUAUCUGUCUCGGCCUACCGGCCUCGACGGUAUGUGCAGAGAAAAAUACCCUCGAUGUACCCCUAGCUCUGAUAUAUCCUGGUAACACACUCUCACACAUACUAUAACUAUUACUUAUUUGAGUCGGCAAUUAAUAACUAUAGUAUACAUUCAUAAUGCAGAUAUGAAAAGAAUUUCUUGAUAUAAUUUUCAAAUCGUUGAAAGUUGAUAGUGAAGUUGGAGCCUGAUAAUGAACAUGUGUGUAUACAUUUGCAUUAUAUUCUUUUUCUUCUUAGUGGUGACUUAUGACAAAAUACAAAAAAAAUGGUUGUAGGGCCGUGUGGAUAUAAAGGUUACUAACAGUAUAACAUAUUGUGUGUAGUUACUGUAGAUAGGUAGAGAAUUUUUUCACAGUACUUAAAUAGAAUCUGAUUGAAUUUUUAUGGUCAGUCUUAUACUGUUAGCAAAUUAACAGAAUAUAAGAUUCUAGGUAAACAGUUGUUUUAGAUAAUAUUUAUGCUUCUUUGACUACUUUUCUGUUUGUGAAAAUUCUUGACUGUGAAGUAAAAGUAAUUUUUUGGCACUGACAAAACUUUAUUUUAAAACCUUUCUUUAGUGCAUUAAAGAUUUUCAGUUUGAGUAACUUGUCAGAAAUAUUUCAAAGCCAAUGGAUUAGUACUUUACUUAGAGUAGUUGUGAAAUUAUCUGAAUACAGCAUAUUUAUUAAAUUGCCUAAUGCCAUUAAAGGUGCAAGUUUUAAUGAACAAGAAUAAAUUGACUGUUGGGUUGGAUUUAUGAUUUUUCCCAUGAAUCUUGACUCACUACCGUACUGACCAGGAAACAUUGGUUGCUGAUCUUACUAUUUACGAUAAGAGUACAGAAAAAAAAGUAUUUUCCCAUAACAUCAGCAGUGACCAAUCUAAAGCAACUCUAUUGAAUAUAAAACUUGCCUUUUUAAUGACGUAAAGUAUAAAUUAAUGAUAUAUUGCAAGUAAAAUCAAAAGCAUAAUAAAAGACACAAUCUCAGCAUGCUAUAUAUAUAUUGAAAAAUAUGUUUUCAUUCCAUGUUUACUAGUUUAUAGCAGAGCUUUAUAUUGUCUUAAGGUUAAAAAUGUUGGUGUUUGGAUUCUGUCUCGAAAAAGAUAAGGAAAAUUUUGUAAAUGAUGCCAAAAUGUAUUGUUAAUGUUAUUUAUAUGAUAUGUUGACAUUGCCAGCUUUAAAAUAUUUAUGUUUGCACACAUGCUAUCAAUUUAAAUAAAACAGGCAGAGACUCAGUUAAAAAUCACGAAUAUUACAUAAUCCUGUAAUUAUGUUGAGCUGUCCUUCAUGUGAAAAGUAGAAAACUGCAUACAAAAGUACUUUAAAGUUGUCCUUUUAUUAUUAUUAUUUUUGGUGUAAGUGCCAUAAGGGCACAGGAAUCCAUUCCAGAGAAGCCAUUCCAUCUAUAUUUAUUUUCAUUGUAGUAUAUACUGCUUUUGUUGUGAUAUUUUAUAUUCUAUUGAAGUUUCUAUCCUAGAAGGGUAGAUAAAUCCUACUAUCUUACUAUGUGAGCAAUAUUUUGCCAUGUGUUCUGUAAGUUGUUGUCCCCCUUGGCACUGUAUAUUUAAGUUAAGAGCACUAACCAGUCAUAUUUAAUCAUUUAUUACAUCAAAAUUUUGAAAAGUUUUUUAUUAUUAUGAUAUUCACAAAUUAGCUAGUAAAAUUAAAUUUGUACAUGCCAUCUUCAUAAUACAUAUUCAUUUAGGUGAGCAUUAUUCAUAUAAUCUAAUUUUCAUUUUGUAAGUUGCAAGUUUAACUUUGAUCUGUAAGAUAAAAGAAAAAUGGAAAAAAUGAGAUCUAUAUUCUAUCUGAGAAUGUAUAGCUUUAAAAUCCUAUUGAAAGACAACAUCUUGGAAUUAACUUAAGUUUCAGUUAAGUCACAUCAUAAUAAUGCUGUAGUUACAUGAUAUAUAUGUGUGAUCAUCAUUUCUAGAUUACUUGAAUCAUCUAGUGUUUGUUGUUUCCUUAACUUAGACCAUAUGCACAUACUUAUUUUAAAAAAAGUCGACUGAGGUUUGAUUUAUAGUGAGCAUUGUGGCAGGCAGGUCUGUUGAAGUAUGUCUAUAGCUUAUGUCUAGAAGUAUGUCUUUAGCUAUGUUUAGAACUUUUAUCUAUAGCUUAUGUCUAGAAGUAUGUUUAUAGCUUCUGUCUAUGAGUAUGUCUGUAGCUUAUAUCUAGAAGCAUGUCUGUAGCAUAUGUUUAGAACUUUGUCUAGAAGUAUGUCUAUAGCUUAUGUCUAGAAGCAUGUCUAUAGCUUAUGUUUAGAAUUUUGUCUAUAGCUUAUGACUAGAACUUUGUCUAUAGCUUAUGUCUAGAAAUAUGUCUAUAGCUUAUGUCUAAAACUUUGUCUAUAGCUUGUGUCUAGAAGUAUGUCUAUAGCUUACGAUAGGUGGAGGAAGAGAAAACAGGGUAAGGUUUGUGUUAAUGAAGCCCGUCUGAAGAUGACCUUGGAUAGCAGCAUUUGCAAAGGCUUUUUAGAAACCCAGCAUCACAUAAACAUACAAAUGUUACAAUUUUACAGCAAAAAAUAAAGAUAGAAUUGCAUGAAAAUGUUAACAUGAAUAAUUUAGAAAAUCUGUUCAGAUAGAUGCGAAAGCCUCCAAAAUUGUGCAAAAUUUUUUAUUCAAAAUUUAGAAAGCAUGUGCAAUUUUAACAACUGAAUUCUGUAAAUCCGUGAAGAAUAUAAGUACAUAAUGCUACUUAAGUCUGUUAGAUAUAUGCGGAAGUUUUCCAAGACUAACAUUGUAUAAAGUAGAAAAUAUAUUGCUUUCUGUCUGUAACACCUAAAGAAACCAGGUACAGAAAAAUUGUUACAGUUUUCGAAACCAGAUGCAUUAACUGUUACACUAAGAAACCAGAGUCAGUAAUUGUAACACUUAUAAUAUUAAGAAAGAUUUUGUAUAGGUUAUUUCAUCCUUUUACAGACCUGUUUGUGACAAUGUUGAACCAUUGUAGUACUAUGCAUUGAGUGAUGAUUUGAUAUUUAAUAUAUUUUAUAGAUAGUAUAGUAAGAAAUCUAUUCAAUGUUUGUAGAGUGGUAUGAUAUUGUAUUUGUAUUUGAAAGUGAUCUGAAUAUGUUAUAGGAGUUGUUGUAGUGUUUGAAGUUUCUUGUUUAUUGAAACUGAUAGAUGACUGUGUAGAAUAAGGGUACGUGAAGGUGUUCUAGGUGCAAAGUAUACAUACAUUUGUCAGUUUGUCAAUGAGGCAUCUAGGGAAAAGUAAGGGAACUGUGAAGCCCACGAGGAGAACAUUUUUAAAAUGUUAUGAAGAUUUAUUACUAAAAUAAGGAAGAAAAUUUUGACAGAUAUUUACAGUUAAGGAAGUCUUGCUCAGUCUGACUAUCCUUGAACAAAGAAUUACAAAUUACCAUAAGUGCAAAGUGGCUAAAAGAUAAAGUUUCAUAGCAUGGGUUAUUUACUAAACAUAGAAUUGUCACAGCACUAAUUUCGGUAGGCAUUUUUUAUAGCAACAUGUCUGUGUUUUUAAAAUGUUUUGGUCCAUUUAAUUCAUGCGUUAGGAAACAGUAAUAUGUUGGAACUAUGGUAAUCAAAAUGGUAGCUUUUGCUCAGAUUUUCACACACUAAAAGAAGAAAUAUUUUUAAUGAUUCAUUGCAUAAUUACAGUGGAACUUCCUUCGCUUGAACUUUAUGGGACCAGCAAAAUUUAUUUGUGUUAUUGGUAGUUCAAACCAUUGCACAAAAUGUAAGGGAUUUGCCAGGAACUGGCAGAGAGUUUCAGCAAAGGGUGGUGUUCGAAUUAUCUGAGUUUGAACAAACUAAGUUUGACUGUCUUUUACUUAGAAGUCUGUGAUUUUGAAAAACUGACAGUGUCUGUAUGUUACUAUAUAUAGACUUAAGUGUAUUUGUUAAGAGUACUACAGCUGAAUUCCAGGUGACAUUUAAGGAGUUGACAUUUCAUUACCUGUACACAUACACUAAAUAUCCCUAUUCGUACUACACUUAAAUACACCCAGUUUUGAACAACACAAUUAGGAGUUUUAUGAAUGUUCCUCUCAUUACAAUUAAACUUGUAGUACCCUCAGGUAGUUUUAAGAAGGAAUUAAAAAUCGUAAUUUAUGUACAGGUACAUGUAUUGAAAUGUCAACAUCUUUAUUAAUUUUAAUCCUUUUAGUAGUAGACUAUGGAUUCUGGUCAAACUAAACACGUGACUGAAAAUGGCUUCUUUGUGAAAGUAACUUGUUUAUUCGUAAUUAAGUAGAGAGAGUGUGUCAUACAUUUUGUGAUCUUUAACAAUAUUUUGUGAAGAGAUGGCAGACAUUUUACAAGUUUAUGGUUGUCAAGAGUUUUUUUUUUAUCUGUAAUACAUUAACCGUUUAAUUGUUCUGUAAUGGCAGGUGCACUUACUGUUUGAUUUAUCAGUUAGAGUAAAUGAUACCACCUCCACUUUCUAUUUAUCAACAGGCCUGCUAGUAAGCUGCUCUUUCAUUUUGAAGAUUAUCAUUAAUCAUUUUAAUUUUUGGCCAACUAUGUAUUUUCAUAAGAACAUGAAUUUUUGUAUAAAGUUUUAGCCAUUGGAAAUUUUGCAAAAAUUUUUAUUUUUCUGAAAUUAAAUUAUUUACAAGACAUUGCUUUCAUUUUACCAAGAUAUCCUAAUUGUUUUGUAAGAACAAAUCAACAAAUGUGGUCAAAUAAGCUUUUUUUACAGAAAAAUGACAAAAAUUUACAGUGGGAAAUACCUUUUCAAGGUGAAGUCAGAACUAUUUGUCAGUAUUUAAAACGCCCUAAAAGUUUCUAUAACCACAUCUUGAUAUUUUUUAACCUUUACCAAGCUAAAUUUCUAAAAUGGACUGGUCCAUCAUUCAGUUUUGAGAGUACCACUCAUUAUUUGAAGGGGUGUUCACUUAAAAUUUAAUGUCUGAAUGGUGAUGUGCAGACUGAUCUUGGUCUGCACUGUCACAAAGGCAGAGUCCCUUGCCGCCAGCAGGCUAAAGGUAAAGUUGAGUUUACUACAAAUGAGCCGCGCCAUGGGAAAACCAACAUAGUGGCUUUGCGACCAGCAUGGAUCCAGACCAGCCUGCGCAUCCGCGCAGUCUGGUCAGGAUCCAUGCUGUUCGCUUUUAAAGCCUAUUGGAAUUGGAGAAAUUGUUAGCGAACAGCAUGGAUCCUGACCAGACUGCGCGGAUGCGCAGGCUGGUCUGGAUCCAUGCUGGUCGCAAACCCACUAUGUUGGUUUUCUCAUGGCACGGCUCAAAUAUAUUUUUAUCAGUGUGUUAUCUUUUCAGGUAGUUUUUAUUUACCAGUAUUUAACUAAAAAGGAAGUUAACAUCAAAACUUUAUGUUGCAUGACCUAGUGUAUACAUUGCACAAACCAUUGCUUCUUAAUUGCACCUGCACUCGUGCAGAAGUAGAAUAUGAGCAGCUGGCAUUGAGUGUCUGUGAUGCUGCCAAAAAGCUAGCAUUUAUUGACAAAAAAAGGCAAGCGCUUACUGAAAGGCAAAACAUGUUUAAAUUACAUGUAUCUUUUGCUAUAAAGACAGGAAAUUUAGAGGCUAGGAUAAAACAGAAUAACAUUCUUACUAGGUUCUCCAUCAGUCCUACUAAUUACUGUUGUUUUGUGCAUGUCUAAACAUCUUCUACCCAAAGUUGCACUUGAUGGCAAAACUGUCAAAACGUUGCCCUCACUCUGUAUAGCUGCACAAGGACUAAUAGUUCAGACUUAAGUAUGUUUAAUUGCCAUGUAAAAAUAUGCGCAGACUUCUGUGGUAGAAAUCAAAUGGAGGUGCACUUAAGACAAAAUUAAACAUUGUAUUAUAGAGUUGUGAAAAACUUGGAUUUAAAUUAACAGAUUUAUCUUUAUUCGGUAGCUUUAGAGUUUCAGUGUUUUGACACAUGUAAAAGAAGAUUGAAAAGAAAAUGUUUUUGUGUGACCGUUUGGUAACGUAAGGUACAUGUCUCAGCGCUUAAAUGAACAAAUGAAAUUGUACCAUGUAAUGAUAAAUGUAUGAAGAUAAAAUGCUCUUUAGACACAAUUGUUGUUGUAGCGUAAACGUUCCCAGGUAAAUCACCCAGUUUCUGGCAUGUUGUCAUCUGUUAAGAAAGUUGAGAUAUAGCCUGCAUUUUUCAGAGCAUUCUAGAUUAUGAUUAAGUUUGGUUCUAAUCUUUUGCACUGAAUUCCAUAAUAAUUUGUUAGACUGUCAGUACAAGUUUUUAGGAUGCAUUCCAAAUGAUUUGUUGUUCAAAUUGGCUGGUGGAGAGGAUUACUUAUGAGAAACUGUAAAUAUACAGCUUUGUAAGGCGGAUUGUAAUUUUUAGCUCACCUGUCACAUAGUGACAGGGUGAGCUUUUGUGAUCGCCCUUCGUCCGUCGUCCGUCCGUCGUCUGUCCACAAUUUCUUGUCUGCACGAUAGAGGUUUCAUUUAUGAUUUUAUUUUAACCAAACUUGCACAGUACUUGUAUCACCAUAAGAUCUCGGUUCCUUUCUUGAACUGGCCAGAUCCCAUUAUGGGUUCCAGAGUUAUGGCCCCUGAAAGGGCCAAAAUUAGCUAUUUUGACCUUGUCUGCACAGUAGCAGCUUUAUUUAUGAUUUAAUUUUUACCAAACUGGCACACAACUUGUAUAACCAUAAGAUCUUGGUUCCUUUCUUGAACUGGCCAGAUUCCAUUAUGGGUUCCAGAGUUAUGGCCCCUGAAAGGGCCAAAAUUAGCUAUUUUGACCUUGUCUGCACAGUAGCAGCUUUAUUUAUGAUUUGAUUUUUACCAAACUGGCACACAACUUGUAUCACCAUAAGAUCUCGGUUCCUUUCUUGAACUGGCCAGAUCCCAUUAUGGGUUCCAGAGUUAUGGCCCCUGAAAGGGCCAAAAUUAGCUGUUUUGACCUUGUCUGCACAAUAGCAGCUUCAUUUAUGAUUCGAUUUUAACCAAACUUGCACACAACUUGUAUCACCACACCAUCUUGGUUCCUUUCUUGAACUGGCCAGAUUUCUUCAUGGGUUCCAGAGUUAUGGCCCCUUAAAGGUCCAAAAUUGGCUAUUUUGGCUUUUGCAGCCAUAUAGAGACUUCAUUUAUGGUUUUAUUUGAUACAAACUUCCAAAAUAACUUCAACAACAAUAAUUCUUGGAUUCCAUGACAAAUCAGAUCCAAGCAUAGGUUCAGAGUUAUUUUAUAUCUGAUUACCUCCCCUGAUUGUAAUCAAAAUGGAUUUAUAUCAGUAAGUACUUAUAGUACUUAUUUGAAAUUUCAUUAUUGUCAUUAGUUGGACUGAGCCAAUCAGGGUAGAUAACUAUGGACUGAUUUUAUGUCAAAUUACCUCCCUUUAUUUCAAAUUAAAAUGGGUAUAUCUCCGUAACUAAUGAAGAUACUGAUCUGAAAUUACAUUUAUGUCAACAGAUUUAUUUGGCAGAUCCUUCUUUUCUUCACUUACAAUAUUUUUUUUUUUUUUUAAUUACUUCCCUUUUAUGUUACUAUAAAUAGCUUAUUUUUAGUAACUUUUUUAUUAUUGGCUGUAGGGAAAAACCGAGACCACUUUUCUGUGGUACAACAUGGAUGGUACCUCCAAUUUGUAGGUGUAUUUUGACAUAUCUGUACCUUGUAAGAAUUUUUUUUUUCUUUUUGGUUAAAUUUCUUCCCUUUGUUGUUACUGUCCUUUGGACUUAGAUAUUUUUUCUGAGGACCUUCUUGUCCUCAAGUGCAAUGAUAACAGGUGAGCGAUAUAGGGCCAUCAUGGCCCUCUUGUUACUAAAGCCAUUAACAUGAUAUUUACAAAAUCUGAGAGAGAACAGAAGAUAAAUGGCGCUUACAUCCAGUAAAUAAUGAGCUCCAUCUGCAAUAGAAUAAACACUUCAAAAGAUAAAAAUGGGAAACGGCGGUUUCGUUUUUGCUUUAGUUUACAGGAGACUGAUUUUGUGUAAUGAUGAAUAGUUUUUAAUUGUUUGCCACUUUAAAUACGACCUGUGGUAAAAAAAGUUAAAUUAUGUUUUUGCACAUUAUAUUUGAGAGAAUGAACUUAUUGCUUGGCUACAUUUCAAUGCCUGACUGAAGAAAGUAGAUAUCAACGUCUCCUGCACUGUUUUGCACCAUCAGUGUUUUGCAUAAGACAUUCUAGAGCUAUCGGUACUUUCCAAAGUUUACAGGGUGUUUUUUUUUUCAACCAAUAAAUUUUUUUCUCAAAAAAUGGAAAAUUGUAAUCCUUUCCCCUAAGAUGAAAGUUUUUGCACAUUGAGUAUGUUAGAUCCAUAAAGUAGAGAAUAAAAGUACAUGUAUAGAAUAUACUAAGUGUGACUGUGAUUAGAUUUGUUAUUGUGUACAGUUAAUGUGGGACCUUGUAUAAAUAUUGUUUUACCAUUAAUUCAGCAGUGUGACCUCAUUUACACUCAUGUCCGUAAAUAAUAAAAUGUUGUCAAUAAACAGAUGUUGAUGAUCUGCA